AUGAGUCAAGAUAGGAAGCGCAAAAAUAAAAAUUAUUAUGUGCAGUCUAAAAAACCAAAAAAUGAAUUUAAUUUAGAUAGUGGAAUGAAGGGAUUCUUUAUUACCUGCAACUACAAAGAAAGCCGUGCUGUUACCGAAGCUUACAAGAUUUUGAACGAAUAUGCGGACAACAUUUACGGGCCCACGGAAGUUGACCAGAAAUCAGUCAAAGAUCAAUUUGGAGAAGAGGACAUCGACGCAUCUCUUAGUAACCACGUCAACUCUUAUAAAAAUAAAUCCCUUUGUGAAAGACGAUUCCAGAAUGUGUGCACCAAAACAAACAACUGUAUAUUCAUAAAAACUAGUUUUGAAAAUCCCAAUGAAAUCAUUGAAAAAAUUUUUAGCGAUGCACAAUUACGACUGGUACAAUCGAGAUUCGUAUUACGAUUUUUACCAGUCCUAGGCACCUGUCGAGUUGCCGAGGACAAACUGGAAAAACUGGCUGAAGAUGUGAUAGAAGAUUAUUCAAAAUUAAACAAGAUAGAAAGCAGUUUUAAAUACUGCAUCAUACAUAAGAUUCGAUGCAACAACAAAUUGAAUAAAGAGAUCAUCCUUUCCGUAAUGAAUAGAGCAGUUAAGAGGAAAUUCCCAGACGCAAAAAUAGAUCUUAAUGAACCAGACAUAGUAUUCAGCGUGGACAUAUUACUUAAAGUGUGUUGUCUUAGCGUUCUUAAAAAAUUUAAUGAAUUUAAAAAAUAUAACUUAUUCGAAAUAUCCAAUGGCAAGAAUGGCGCGCCAAAAAUUAACGAGCCACAUGGUAGUGUGGACGAACAUGACGCACGUGUAUGCCUGCAAACUUGA